ACGUUUUAAAUUCGCCAACGCUGCUGGCGUACCUCAUUAGGACCGGUAUCAAACAUGGCGGAGAUUAGUCCUGUGAAAAAUUUCUUCGCCGGUGGUUUUGGUGGUGUAUGCCUUGUUUUUACCGGUCACCCACUGGAUACCAUCAAGGUUCGGUUACAGACACAGCCACUACCGGGACCAGGCCAGUCAGUGCUCUAUAAAGGUACUUUUGACUGCGCUCUUAAGACCAUAAGAAAUGAAGGUGUACGAGGUUUAUACAAAGGAAUGGGAGCCCCAAUCAUGGGAAUAGCUCCAAUUUUUGCAAUCUGUUUCUUUGGCUUUGGAGUGGGAAAGAAACUACAGCAGAAGCACCCUGGGGAAGAGUUGACAUAUCUUCAGUUAUUCAAUGCUGGAAUGUUGGCAGGUGUGUUCACCACAGUCAUCAUGACUCCCGGGGAGAGAGUCAAGUGUCUUCUUCAGAUCCAAGCAGCUGAAGGCACAGCUAAAUACAAAGGACCAGUUGACUGUUUCCGUCAAAUCUACAGGGAAUCCGGUUUGUUUAAGGGUGUUUACAGAGGAACAUUAGCAACUCUGCUUAGAGAUGUUCCUGCCAGUGGUGUUUACUUCAUGACCUAUGAGUGGCUGAAAAAAACUCUUACACCAGAAGGAAAAAAACCCACUGAUUUGAGUGUUGGUAGCAUAUUAUUUGCUGGUGGUAUGGCAGGCAUUUUCAAUUGGGUAGUGGCAAUUGGUCCAGACACCCUCAAAUCUAGGUUUCAAACAGCUCCUGCUGGUAAAUAUCCCAAUGGUAUUCGUAGUGUCUUUACAGAAUUAGUAAGAAAUGAAGGUAUCUUUGCCAUUUAUAAAGGAAUCACUCCUGUCAUGUUGAGAGCAUUCCCUGCCAACGCAGCUUGUUUUGUUGGAUUUGAAGUUGGUAUGAAGUUUUUAAAUUGGGCAUUACCGGGAUGGUAGGCUGUGUGGAGAACUGUAUUACUAUCCAUGCAUCCAACAUACCAUGUACGCACACUUGUUUUAAAUCUUUUGGUGCUUCCAUGUUUCUGAACAUACACUGAUCUGAUUGAAAUGUGUAUGUAUUUAAUAAGUUUGGGCUAAGUAGUCUGUGCCGUAAAAUCUGUAUUAGAAGCCGCAUCCUUAAUAGAAGCCGAACUUAUUCUUUUUGAAAAAUUGAGAACAAAAAAAUCACCAUUUCUCAUAUGUUUAGGUCCUUUAAUAGAAGUUACAUCCCUUUUGUAGCAUUGUAUCAUUUUAAUACAGAAUUUGCAAACAUUUUGCUGAAUUGUCUAUUUGUUCACUAUAUACUGUAAAACACUUUGAAAUAUCUACAUGUCAUUUUUAGUGAAUUUGAACAAAAUCUUAAUUUAGCUAAAGUGUCAACAAUCUCAUUAUGAGAAUAUACUUUAUUCUAAAUUAGCAACAUCUUGAAUUAGCGAAAUUAUAGCUUACCGGUAGCUAAAUUAGCUACAAUGAUAUGCUAGCUAAAAAGACAUGUUUUACAGUACUUUAUUUAAUUUAAUCAAGCUUGUAAACCAUGCUUCUCAUUACACUUAAUUAAAGUAGAGCAUUCAUUAGUUAAUAUCAUCAAUCCAACACAAGCCUGCAAAAUACAUCUUAGUUCAGUCAGAUAAUGUGAAUGUACUGUGCUCCAGGAGUUUAAGAAUUUGUUUGUCACAUCAGGUAUUUUUAUUCCAAAUCAUAAUAAAUAAAAGGUUCAUUAACAAU